CCUUUGCACUUCCAAGAGUAGAGCAGCCUCUCCUGCUCUCUCGUACUCUUUUCAUUGCAGCCCUCGCUGCUUAGGUCUUCAAACAUGUCAAAGAACCUCCAGCCAAUCACGGACCCUACCAAGAUGGGGCUGGGACGCUCCAUUGCCGUGCUGACAUCUGGAGGGGACGCUCAAGGUAUGAAUGCUGCAGUGAGAGCCACAGUCAGAGUAGGUCUCUACACAGGAGCCAAAGUCUACUUUGUUCAUGAGGGCUACCAGGGCCUGGUGGAUGGAGGAGAAAAUAUUCGCCCUGCCACAUGGGAGAGUGUUUCAAUGAUGCUUCAGCUGGGAGGAACAGUAAUCGGCAGUGCACGCUGCAAAGACUUCAGAGCCAGGGAGGGCCGCAUGAAAGCGGCCUGCAACCUGGUGAAGCUUGGAAUUACUAACCUCUGCGUCAUCGGAGGUGACGGCAGCCUGACAGGCGCCAAUGAGUUCAGGACAGAGUGGAGCGGACUGCUGGCUGACCUGCUCCGAGCUGCUAAGAUUACAGAUGAAGAAGCCAAAAAGUCCUCCCACCUAAACAUUGUGGGCAUGGUGGGCUCCAUCGAUAAUGACUUCUGUGGUACCGACAUGACCAUCGGCACCGACUCCGCACUGCACCGCAUCAUCGAGGUGGUCGAUGCCAUCACCACAACGGCUCAAAGCCACCAGAGGACUUUCAUCCUGGAAGUGAUGGGAAGACACUGUGGGUACCUGGCAUUGGUGUCGGCUUUGGCUUGUGGCGCGGACUGGGUGUUCAUUCCAGAGAUGCCACCAGAUGACGGCUGGGAAGAGCACUUGUGCAGAAGGCUGGCAAACCAACGGGCCAGAGGUUCCCGUCUGAAUGUGAUCAUUGUCGCCGAGGGUGCGAUGUCCAGAGAUGGCAAACCCAUUUCAUCGGAUCACAUUAAGAAGCUGGUAACUGACAGACUUGGCUUUGACACACGGACCACAGUCCUUGGACACGUACAGAGGGGAGGGACACCCUCUGCUUUCGACAGAAUCUUGGGCAGCAGAAUGGGCGUCGAAGCGGUGAUGGCUCUCCUGGAAGCCACACCAGACACCCCAGCCUGCGUGGUCAGCUUGUCUGGCAACCAGGCGGUUAGGCUGCCACUCAUGGAGUGUGUUCAAGUGACCAAAGAAGUUACUGCUGCCAUGGCUGAAGGCAGAUUUGAGGAUGCUAUCAAGCUCAGAGGAAAAGACACCUACGAAGAAACAAAGUCAACUCAGGUAAUUUUGUUUCGACUCUCAACCUGCAGGAGCUUUGAGAACAACUGGAACACAUACAAGCUGCUGGCCCACAUUAACCCCCCAGAUGUUCAAAGCAACAUCAACGUGGCCGUCGUAAAUAUCGGCGCCCCCUGCGCUGGUAUGAAUGCAGCCGUGCGUGCAGCCGUCAGGAUGGGCAUCAUCCAGGGUCACAACAUGCUGGCCGUCCAUGACGGCUUUGACGGGCUCGCACAUGGACAGAUUGAGCCCAUUAACUGGAAUUCCGUGAGUGGCUGGACUGGAUUGGGGGGCUCAAAGUUGGGCACUAAAAGGAUGCUUCCAUGUAAGAUGAUGGAGGAAAUCAGCCAGAACAUUGCAAAGUUUAACAUCCACGCCUUGGUGAUCAUUGGAGGAUUUGAGGCCUACAUGGGGGGUCUGGAGAUGGUUCAGGCCCGAGAGAAGUACGAGGAGUUGUGCAUCCCCAUGGUUGUGAUCCCCGCCACCGUCUCCAACAACGUCCCGGGCUCAGAUUUCAGCAUUGGCGCUGAUACCGCUCUAAACACAAUCACCUCUGUCAGUGCCUGGACUAGCAACACAUACACGCACGCAACUUUUAGUUUCCUCAUCUACAUGGUGCUCUGUUGCUGCUUGCAGACUUGCGACAGAAUCAAGCAGUCAGCAGCGGGGACCAAACGACGUGUGUUCCUCAUUGAGACGAUGGGAGGCUACUGCGGCUACUUAGCCACCAUGGCUGGGCUGGCGGCCGGCGCGGACGCUGCCUACAUAUUUGAGGAGAAAUUCAACAUUAAAGAUCUGGAGGGGAAUGUUGAGCAUCUUUUGGAGAAGAUGAAGACGACGGUGAAAAGAGGCUUGGUUCUCAGGAAUGAAAACUCAAAUGCCAAUUACACCACAGAUUUCAUCUUCAACUUGUACUCUGAGGAGGGUAAAGGUGUCUUUGACUGUCGCAAGAAUGUACUAGGACACAUGCAACAGGGGGGCACUCCUACACCUUUUGACAGGAACUUUGGGACAAAGAUGGGGGCUAAGUCUGUGCUAUGGCUAACUGAGAAACUCAAAGACUGCUACAGGCAUGGUCGCAUCUUUGCCAAUACACCCAACUCUGCUUGUGUGCUGGGCAUGAAGAAGAGGGCACUCACCUUCCUGCCUCUGGCCGAACUUAAGGGAGACACAGACUUUGAGCAUCGCAUUCCAAAGAUGCAGUGGUGGCUGAAGAUACGACCCAUCAUGAAGAUCCUGGCCAAGUACGACAUCAAGCUGGACACGUCUGAACAUGCCGAUAUGGAGCAUGUGAUCAAAAAGAGAAGCCCCAUUUGCAAAUAAGGGUCACAGACGGAUAAACACACAACUGUCAUCUGUAUUGUAUUCAUAAGAAGUAUCAAAAGAACGUCAUACAUACAUUAAACUCUUUGAAACAUG